AUGGAGAACAAUAAGAUUACUAUGUUCAGGUCACUUAAUGCUCACUCUACGAACUACACAAUCAAGGCGAAGAUCAUAUCCUUGUGGAAUAAAAAAAUGAAUGGUUAUGAUGACCAGAUCUAUCUAGUUGACAUGUUGUUGAUGGAUGAGGAGGGUUCGUUCAUUCAAUGUAGCUGUUUACAUAAACUUUUCAAACGAUUCCUUAAAUUUUUGGUUGUUGAUGACUGUUUAUUGUUUCAUAAACCAUCACUAGCCAAAGAUACAACCAAGAUUAAGGUUACUGGAAAUGAUCAGAAGCUAUCUUUGUAUGCAUUCAGUUUUGUUCUGAAAACUGAUAACUGGUCUGGUCCUCGGUACUUUUUUCGUUUCACUGAUUUUAAAUCUGUGUUGAGUAAAAAAGUUGAAGUUAAUACUCCAAUAGAUUUUAUCGGUUAUGUUGUUGUCUCUUAUCCUAUUGAAGAUGCAAAUAGGAAGGAUGGCUCUAAAACCAAACUAAUGAACAUAACUCUCAAAGAUCUCGAAGAUCAGAAGAUUGGUCUUACAUUAUGGGAAAACUAUGCAGUCACUUUGUCAAAGUACAUGAAUGAUAAAGACCGCCCUGCUCAUGUUGUUAUUCUUGUCCAUUUUGGCACAGUAAACAUUUAUCAAGGUAAAGUUGGCCUUACUAAUAUGUUUGAAGCAAGUCGUGUCUUCAUAAAUUCUGAUCUGGAUGAGAUAAAAGAAUUCAAAGACAGGUAUCUUGAGAAUGAGUUUUCUAACUCAUCUUCCAGUAAACAGUCAUGCUCUCAAGUGAUAUCCAAUGCAGAAGAUGAGUUUCUUAAUGCUGAAGAGUUUGUGUUCACCACUUUUAUUGCUUCAAUUGAUGAGCUGAAUAGGAGAAAAAGGUUAUCAUUGUUGCAAAUUGAAGAGAAAUCAACAUUGAUUGAAAAAGAUGAAGACAGUUUUGAUGUUUUGGAUGAGAAGACUUUUGAGUGUAUGAACCCUGAUUAUGAUGCUGUUGAUGUUGUUCCAGUUUAUAUUUACAAGAUUCCUCUAAGGGUUCAGGAUUCGACUAGGACUGUUUCUUGUACGUUGUUUUAUUAUGAAGCGAUUAAGCUUAUUAAGAAAACCUCCAAAGAACUUCUUGAUGUUUACUCAAAGGUUGACAGUUCCACCGAAGGUGCCUUUCAGUCACUUCCAUCUAAGUUUGAUAUGCUGAUCUACAAAAAGUUUGCAUUUCAAAUCAAAAUUUCCAGUUUUAACAUUUCUAACCAUAUAGAAAACUAUGGAAUUUCAAUGUUAACUUCUGAUGAGGACAUACUUUCCGCUCUGGAGCAUAAAUGGAAAAUUAAUGAGUCUGAUUUGUCUGAGUUGAAUGUUCAAUGCUUUUCUGAUUCUGUUGGAAAUAUAAAUGUUUAUCAUAGUUUUCAGAUCUGGUACCGAGGAGUCACAAUCUGUGAUCGGCGACAGUUUAUGCCAGAUCAUUAUCAUUUUGAUGUUAAUGAUCAAGAUCGGUCAAAGUUCAAAAACAUCAAACAUAACCUUCAAGAUGUUUAUGAUGUUGAUGCUGUUGAUAGUUCUUCUACUAAACGUCGAAACAGUCCUAGGAAUGAUCAAGUAAACGAUGUAGUCAAGUUGGACCUGAUCACCCCAAAGUUAGAGAAAUAA